UGGAUAAGAGACAAAGUGUGCGCACCUCUCAGACUGAAGUUCAGAGUGUGUCCUGAUUCUACCUUUUCUUCUCUUGCUCCAGAACUGGUACUCCAUGGAUGCUGCGCUACACUUCAAAGAGCUGAUCGGUGAUUGAUUUCAUUUUCUGGAUAAUUCCUGCAGUCUCAUUACCUUUCUGGGAUGACUUCAAAGUGGAAUCGAAGCUCAAACAUGGGAAAGCUGAGGAAACACUGGGCUGACUUCUAAGCACUGGAUCCUUCUUUUCCUCCUCGCAAUUUUUUAUUAUGAGGCUGUGGGUCAGAGCUGCAGCUGUCCGGAGGAGGGUGGUCUGCCUCUGGCUGCUGCUCCUAGUUUUCGCCCUGGUCGGUCUGGCCCUUUCAGAUCUCUUUAACCAGGACCGGGAUCAUGGUCAUCCGAAUCCGAAUCCUGGUCCUCCUCGCCGACCCCUCCAGCGGAUCCCCAGUGCGCCGGACCUGGAGAUCAUUGUAAACUCCUGGGACCCUGCAUUAGAGCUCGGUGUGGAUGUCGCCGCUCUGGAAUCACUGCAGGAAGACCAGCUUUUAUUUGUUCCAUCGACGCAGGGCACAAAGAGUCCGCUGCAGGGGAAGGGGAGUUAUAAGGUGAUUCUACCAGGGGUUAGUAAGGAAACCGCAGCUCCUGUGCCACGGACGCACAGUGAAACUGGGAAUGAAGUCCAGCUACAACUAAGGGACAAAUACACUGAGUUGGAGCUCUCUGCGGUGCAGAAAUUUGGAUUAAACGAGGUAAUCAGUGAAAGAAUAUCUUUGCAUCGCAGGUUGCCUGACGUGCGCCAUCCUGGGUGUUUAGGGGAGCAGUACAGCGAGUCUCUGCCGUCAAGCAGUGUUAUUAUCUGUUUCCACGACGAGGCUUGGUCCAAGCUGCUGCGCACCAUGCACAGCGUGCUGGACACCGCACCCAAACAGUAUCUGCAGGAGGUCCUACUGGUGGACGACCUAAGCACGCAAGGACACCUGAAGAGCGUGCUGAGUGAGUAUGUGUCUCACCUGGACAGGGUGCGUUUGAUACGCAGCACCAAGCGGCUGGGCGUCGGAGGGUGUCGAUCUCUGGGUGCUGCUCGAGCUGCAGGGGAGGUGUUGGUGUUCAUGGACUCCCACUGUGAAUGUCAGAAGGGCUGGCUUGAGCCGCUUUUGGAGAGAGUGGCCCAGGACAGGACCAGAGUGGUGUCCCCCAUCAUGGAUGUGAUAGACUGGCAGACCUUUCAGUACAAUGCCACCCAGUGGCCAGUGAGGGGAGUGUUUGACUGGAGGCUUGACUUCCACUGGGAAUCAAAUCUUCAGCUAAAACCUAAAGAUGCAGACUCAGCAGUUCUACCAUUGAAGAGCCCAGUAUUAGGAGGUGGUGUUGUGGCCAUUGACAGACAUUUCUACCACAGCGUGGGGGGCUACGAUCCGGGCAUGCUGCUGUGGGGAGGAGAACAGAUUGAGCUGUCAAUCAGGGUUUGGUCCUGCGGGGGCUCCAUGGAGGUAGUCCCCUGCUCCCGUGUGGCUCACCUAGACCAUCACCACUUGCCUUACCGCUUCCCAGAUCAGGAAAUUCUUCAGAGGAACAAGAUUCGCAUUGCAGACACAUGGAUGGACGCAUACAGGAAGAUCUUCUACAGGAGGGAUACGCUCGCUCAUUUCAUCAGACAGUCUGAGAGUCCAAACAUCACAGAGCGUCUGCAUCUUAAAAGAAGUCUUGGCUGCAGGAACUUCCACUGGUACCUGACGACAGUUUACCCGCAACUUUAUAUCCCUCAAGACAGACCUGCUCUUUCAGGAGAGCUGUACAAUGUGGGCAUGGGCAGCUGCGCAGACCUCCCGCGGGUGCAGGGUCUGCAAGGUGCUGUCAUGAAUGUAGCGCCCUGCAGCGGGACAGGCAGCCAGCACUGUGACCUGAACUCUGACUCUGAGGUGCGGUGGGGUCCCAUGGGGGCUCUGUGUUUGGACAGAGAAGGAGAGCGGGUGGUUAUGUCUCCGUGCCCAAAACAGCGACCGACCAGCAGUGGACACCAGUGGAAGUUCAUAAAGUUGAGCGGUCAGCUUGUGCACCAGCAGUCCCAGUUAUGUAUGGAGGCUGUGAAGGAAGUAGAGAUCCCACAAAGCAGCACAGGAGGUCUGUUUCUGCGGACAUGCUCCCACCACCCACGGCAACAGUGGCACUUUGAGCAACUUGUAGCCCCUAAAAGUGCCCGCUAAAUGGAAAUGCAAUAUUUAAAACCUUGGCACGUGCUAUCAUAAAUAUUCUAUAAAUAGUGGCAAGUAGUGAAAGAUAAUAGAAAAUAUACAGGUGAUCAUCUAUCUGCUUCACUUUGCCACUCUGCUUUUCUGUUCCUGUUUUAAGGAUUGCAAAUAGUAUAAUAUACUAGAUUCCAAGUAUAUGAGCUGGGGCCUGUUUUUUAUAAUGUAUGAUGUUGAAUGUGAUCAAAUCCCUCCAGCCUGCUGCCAAAAUCUGUAAAAAAUACUUUUAGACGUGAUUAGGUUAAAGAGCUUUUGUAGAAAAAUAUAUUAUUGUAUUUAUUUACAUAUCUAUUUUUACGUGUAAAAUGAUCUUUGAUUUCAGUAAAAGCUUUCAUUUAUCAACGUGUACAUAUUUUCUAGGAAUUUCUGGGAGGUAUAUGAAUGCAUUCAGAAGACAGAAUCACAUCCAAAACAAAGACAUCUCUGAGAACAAUAAAAAAUAUGCAUUAAUGAAGGAAUGCUGAAGUGUAAAAAAAUGGUUACAAAAAUCAAAACUCCAAUGUUGAAAAAUAUAGCCAGGCUGGCUUAAAAAUCAGAGGAAUUUUCGUCUAGGUCCCAUGUUACAGUGCUCAACGUUUAAGCAAAAAUAAACCUGCUUACAGCCUGGUUGAUAA